AUGUCUUCGGGGUUCUAUCACUUGUAUUUUAUCAAGGAUGUUGCCACCCCUCUACAAAACUUGGCAUUCGAUGCAGUUACGAGUUACGAGAAUCUUCGGCCGGUUUGGAUAGAUGGAGAAGAUGCAGUUGAAAAAUUCAAAGAUUCUUCUCCAAACAAUUGUUGUUUUGUCUUGGGAAAAUUUUCUGGUUCAGUGUACGAACAUUUCAGGGCUCUUGGUUCCUCUGUGUUUGGUCCACAAGUUCUGUUGGAUUAUUUGCGUGAGGAAAGACCUCUUCCAAAUGUCUCUCACCCUCUUUUUCCACCGCUUUGCGGAAUGCGAAUGAACUUAACUGAUGAAGUAAAUGUAAUCGUUGCUCCAAAAGUUGGUUCUAAAAAGUAUAUUGUUGGAGCGAGUCGAGGUCUGCACAUCUUGACACCGGAAUGGAUCGACGAAGCGUGGAAACUUUCGGAAACUGUGGACCCAAUUGAUAUGCUACAGCAUAAUUUAAUGUCAAAAUUUAAACUGCCUAUAUUUGCUCAGCUGGUUAUCUGUGUGUCCGGACUUACAGUUGAGGAACGAAAAGAAGUAGCCGAAAUUGUGAAAAACAACGGUGGACAGUAUUCAGGUGAGAUGAAGAUCGGUUUGACAACCCAUCUUCUUGUUAAGCGUGCUGGCGGUGUGAAGUAUAAUUUUGCGAAAAAGUGGAAAGUACGGGUUGUUUCUGUACACUGGCUAUCAGAUUCCGUUAGCAAGGGCUACGCCCUAGAUGAAACUGAUUAUUACAUUAAGGAGGAAGGCGGUCACCGUCAAAAAUGUCAUUCUUCCACACCCACCUCCUCAAUUUCUGUCAAUGAUCCCAGCGUCUUGGGGGAUCUUUCCGCCAUUACUGAUCCUAAUCAUGCCAAACUAGAUGAGACACAUUUCAGUUGUCUGAAGGAUCUCACAAAUAGCACUCGUCUUUCCAAAUCGCCCGAACACUCAUUUCUUACUGGUUGUGUUAUUUUCCUUUAUGGGUGCGAUUCUUCUGAGUCUGCAAAGCUUGCCGAAAUGAUUAAAAUUGGUGGCGGUAUUUUGUGUGCUGAUGCUUCUGAGAAAGUCACUGAGUCCGUGACACACGUCGUUUUUGGAUCCGAUUCUAAGCCCAUUUCCCCCUCCGACCUGGAAUCUGAAGUAUUUUACGUAACACACAACUGGCUUGAACAAUGUCAUGAGCAACACAAGCGCCUUGCCGAGAAAGAAUUCAAGCCUCCUUUCCUCAGCAAAACUGAACCAUCGGAUCAAAACAUCGAUGACAACAAACCCUCUGGGGUCCCAGUGGACACUGAAGAAAUCCAGUUAAUCAAUCAAUACUUCAAGGAUGGUGGACUUGCUGAUAUGGAUGAUUUUCUCUCCAUUGAAAAUAAUCCUGAGGAUCAGACAUUUCAAGGUGAUGCUGAAGAGACAAAAUUAGUCACCCUCAAACAGCCAGAACCCGAGGUUCAAGAGGAACCGGACAUAAAUUUCUCUCUUACUGCCCAUCCUGCUCUAUCCGAAGUGAUCACAGAUGAAGGCGGCAGUGUCAUCAACGACUCAUCGGUUGCUGCAGACUACAUCAUCUGUUCCUACGUUUUGCGUCAGCCAGCCACUUCCAACAUGAUAACUCCCUAUUGGAUUAACUGCUGUGUCACUGCUAAAACCCUUCUCAUUUCCGAACUCGACACCCAAGUUGGUUUCCGUCCCAUCCACAUCCCCCCCUCCGUCACUCUACCCUUGGACGGAUGUGUGAUCUCUCUCAGCGGUUUCGUCGGCAAUGACCGUGUCUUCCUCACCGAUCUGGCCCGUGGGCUAGGUGCUGUGGUACAGGAGUGCUUUCUGCGUAAACCUGUGCCUUCGAGGAACCUCAUAGCGAGCACCCAUCUCGUUGCAGCCCGGCCCGAUGGGCGGAAGUGGCCUGCGUCGAAGCAGUGGGGCUUGCCUGCUGUAUCAUGCAGCUGGUUGUACGCUUGUGCUACCACAGGGCGACGUGCAGCAGAGAUGGAGCAUCCGGUUAUGGAGGAGGAUCCAUUGGUGCCGCAGGACUGGUCUCAGGUCAUUCAACGGUCCUCCCUCGCCUUCAAUGUGACUCCGAAGUCAACACGCCGGUCUGAUGGAGGGGGGCAAUUGAAGACCCCAGGGUGGGUAGGAGCUGGCGAUCAGAUGCGGACCCCUUCGUCGGGGUCUCUAGAGGUACUGCAUGUCUCUCCACCGAUGUCGGAGCAGGUAACACGGUGUCUGAAGACUGCUCUUGCAAAAACGAGUAUGCUGCCGAAGAGGAAUCUGGCAGAGACUGACUUCAAGGAGGCGGCGCAGAGUGGAAGAGUUCUCAAGGGUGUGGUGAUUUGUGUUGCAAAGUCUCUUAGUGAUCGCCAGGUUGCGCUGAAUGAACUUGUCAAACAGUUGGGUGGCGAUUUUAGGUGGAACUUUGAUGUUAAGCCUCUGGUUACAAAUAACUUCAGCAUGAUAGUAGAGACGGGUUUGAAGCUUAAAGCAAAAGAAUGCACAACUGUUGCGAAGGUCGUAGUGCAGGUCUGCACGCACAUGAUCGCUUCUCCGAGCACUUGUCUCCUGCCCGCUGCAUCGCCAAUGCUAAGAGGAGCAGCAUCUGCAAGCCAACCACCACAGACUCUCCUGGACCCAGACGUCCGAAGCGCCCUAGAGGAGUCCCAUGUGAAAGUGGUGGUGCCUCAGUGGCUCUACGACUGCCAGCGCCUCGGGAAACACCUUCCCGAAGCUGAUUACGCUUUCUCCAUUGACUCGGCUACUGUUUCACCAAAGCAGUCGACAUUAAAAGCGUCUGCUGCCACCGACGUUGUGGAUGAGGCCCAGUCUUCAUCGAUUCUGGACGAUGUGGCGCGUCGAUUGGAGUCGGUGAUGGGGAGCAAGGCACAGCCCUUCAGCGAAGACCCUCACCCCGACCGCCGCGACGUUUCUUUGGCCGUUCGAAGGUCGCACAGGACCCGUCGUCGGCAUAUGCCCACCUGCGGCUCUGGUGUCGACGGAUUCGGCCUCAGCAGCUCUACAGCUCCUUCCAGCAACUUUGUUCUUCCUGGCCAGUCCGGUGGCAAUACGAGGACUCUCCCGAGGUCAGAAACGGACUUCCUUCUCCUCAUGUGGUUAAAAGCCAAAGUUCUCGCGAGUCUACUCAGCCGGGUGAGAAUAACCACACUUAAGCCACAACCACAAUCGAGUACAAACACUACUCGAGUUCGCAUCUUCUCCGUCAGUGGUGUGAACCAGGAUGAGAAGGUGCGAUAUCAGGCCAUCAUUACUGAACUCGGCGCCGAUUUAGACCCUGGCAUGACCGUUGGGGAGACCACCACUCACCUGAUCAUCAACUCUCCCAGCCGAUGUGAGAAGUACCUGAUGUGCAUGGCGGGUGGAAGGUGGAUCUUGCACAAGUCCUACCUUGAUGCUUGCGCUGCAGCCUCUGUGUGGUUGCCUGAGGAGGCCUACGAGUGGGGCGGACCCGGCACCGAGCCCCUCCUCAUCCAACUCUCCCCCGCUUCCAAUCGUUCCGGCCCCACGGGUGGCCUCUCCUGUGGGCAGCUGCGUGACCUUGCCAAGGCUGCACGCCAUUGGCGCAAAACGGGCGGAGGUGCUUUUAAGGGUUGGAGGGUGGUUUUUGGUCCCGGGUGUGAUAGAGAGAACAGCUUUAAGAGGAUUAUUGAGUUUGGUGGAGGAAUGGUCCUGGCAAACGGCGCCCCCUACCCACCGGCAGAGCAGGUGACCCACGCCUUUACGAAGCGUCGCUCUGGCAGCAGUCGUUCGAGCGGUCCUCAGCCCGAGCUCCCAAUCAUAGAGGGCUACGAAUGGCUGCGGGUGGAGUUUCUCUGCGCUCAUCUCACCGGCAUGGGCAGCGCCUCGCGCUCCGAGUUCCUUGUCAAACAGACUAGCGAUGAGAUGACCAUUCCAACUGCCAAACGCAGUCGAGUUACGAGGUGA